AAAUUUGUUCAAUAUUCUGCCUCACGAACUAUAUUUAUAAACAUACUUAUUUCAAUUUCACGAUCCUAUUCAAUGCUUCGUUUCGUUUGGUUGAAGACUUGAAAGUCAAUCCCUGAAAUGUUUUCCAGACUUUUUUGAAAUCCAUAACAAAAAACAAUUGUUUAAUUUUUUAAGAAGUUUAUAUUUUAAAUUUCUCUGUAGAGACUCGUAAAUUUUGGGCCCAGAAAAUGGUUUAUGAUCUUCAGUUAGUUUUCUUUGCAUCGUGUUACGUGUUAGUGGGAAAACUUGGAAUAUAUAUAUUUUUCCGCCAUUUUGUUUGCGACUGUAAAGAAAUGUUGUCAAAAUGGCAAUGAAAGGAAAACGGCUGCUGAUUUAAUUAGUUAGCACAUACGACUCCUAUAGUCGUUUUUGAAAAUUCAGAAUAGUUGAUAUUGAUAGCACUACUUUUGAUUUAUCACAUGAAAAGCCAACUUAGAUAACAUGACCAUGCCUUGUGCAACUAAUUAACCUCCAUACAUCUAUGAAUUGAACGGAUGACGUCAUGUGUGGAUAUGGAUUUUCUUUACUGUUAUAAACUAUGGGACGGUGGAAGUUGACCCCCUUCAACUAAUGAUUUUGCUAUAAUGCAGGAAUACAUAUUUGAUCCAAUUCAUAUUCUGUAACAUGAAAUUAUAUUUAUUUUUUUUUUCAAUUUCUUUACGUAUAUUUAAACCCUUGAUCUUGUUCAAGUAAGAUUGUGAACAUUUGAUCUUGAUUGGCCAUAAAAAGGGCGAUUGGUAGUUAUGAGUUGGAGUUGUUCACACCCACCCAUUUGAGUGCAAAAUAUGCAAUGAAAAUAGGAGUGCAUUUCCUCCCAAAAUUGGGGAGACGAUUUGCAACCAAUAAAACGGGAAAUAUGAGUAUUUACCAAGUAGUGGUGUAAUUGUUGACCUUAAUGCUCAAAUUUGUGGGUUUUCUCCUCACUUAAUGGUGCUUAACUUUUCCUCACUUCUACUCAAUGUGGGACUUCACUUCACACUUGUACUCCAACAAGAAGGUAGCAGAAGGUUCCAACAGUGUCGCCAGCGGCAAGGAAUUUAAUGGCUUAGCAUUGAUUGGCGGAGGAGCAAUUGGAUCUGGGGCCAUAGGUUUAGGGUUUGAGGAUCAGACUAAGUUCCAGAUACUGUAUUGAAUUUCAGAGAGAAUUUAGAGAGAAGCAUUUGUAUUCUGUAAAAUGAAUUCAACCUAAGAAAAACAGAACUACAACAGGUAUUUAUAGGAGACAAGUUAGAGACUCUAAGCUCUAACGAACUCUAACUAACUCUGAGUUAGUUAGAGAUGACAGCUGGAAGUUUUAGAGCUGAAGGCUGAAAGAGAUAGUCUACUGAACUACUUCUGUACAGAUGAAAAAAUGUUUUACAGACUAUACCCAUACUCUAAUAUACAAUUAAGACAUCCAGUAAGCUUGUAAGCUGCCAAGCACAUGGCUUGAACAUCUGUGGUUUUCCUAAUGGCACAAGAUACUGUUUCUGGUGUUGACUCGCCUCGGCGACGUCUAUUACGAGAUCAGGUUCAAGUGGUUAAAAGAAAGGAUUCCAAUCGCUAUGAAAUUGUUCCUAUCCAAGAUUCUUUGUCAUUUGAGAAAGGAUUCUUCAUAUUUAUUCGUGCAUGCCAGUUGUUGGCUCAAAAGAACAAUGGAAUCAUAUUAGUAGGAGUUGCAGGUCCAUCUGGAGCAGGGAAAACUGUUUUCACCGAGAAGGUCCUCAAUUUUAUGCCAAGCAUAGCUGUCAUAACAAUGGAUAAUUAUAAUGAUUCUAGUAGAAUUAUUGAUGGAAACUUUGAUGACCCUCGGUUGACAGAUUAUGAUACCUUGCUCGAAAAUAUACAGGGUCUUAAAGCAGGGAAGCCUGUUCAAGUUCCAAUAUACGAUUUCAAGUCUAGUUCUCGCAUAGGUUACAGGACUGUUGAAGUCCCUAGCUCUCGUAUUGUAAUCAUAGAAGGCAUCUAUGCAUUAAGUGAAAAAUCACGACCUUUGCUUGAUCUUCGUGUUUCUGUCACUGGUGGAGUUCAUUUUGAUCUUGUCAAGCGUGUUUUGCGGGACAUUCAUCGUGCCGGUCAAGAGCCUGAAGAAAUAAUCCAUCAAAUCUCUGAAACGGUGUAUCCUAUGUAUAAAGCUUUUAUUGAGCCAGAUCUCAAAACAGCUCAUCUAAAAAUUAUUAACAAGUUUAAUCCAUUCUCUGGAUUCCAGAAUCCCACUUACAUAUUGAAGUCAGCAAGAGCUGUGACAGUUGAUCAAAUCAAGGCAAUUAUUGCUGCAGAGCAUACUGAAACCAAAGAGGAAACGUAUGACAUAUUUCUUCUACCCCCUGGGGAAGACCCUGAAGCUUGUCAAUCAUAUCUGAGAAUGAGAAACCGUGAUGGAAAGUACAAUCUCAUGUUUGAGGAAUGGGUGACAGAUAGUCCAUUCAUAAUAUCACCUAGAAUUACUUUUGAGGUCAGCGUGCGCCUUCUUGGAGGGCUGAUGGCCUUGGGAUACACAAUUGCAGCUAUCCUGAAAAGAAGCAGCCAUGUCUUUCAUGAUGAUAAAGUGACCAUAAAAACUGAUUGGCUAGAACAACUUAAUCGCACCUAUGUUCAGGUUCAAGGGAAAGACAGAAACUAUUGUAAAUUUGUAGCAGAGAAACUGGGGUUGGAUGGUUCCUAUGUUCCUCGCACUUACAUUGAACAAAUCCAGCUUGAAAAGCUUGUAAAUGAUGUGAUGGCAUUGCCAGAUGAUCUUAAGACAAAACUCAGCAUAGAUGAUGACUUGGUUUCAAGCCCCAAAGAAGCCCUUUCCAGAGCUUCUGCAGAUAGGAGAAUGAAGUAUCUUAAUCGUGGUAUUUCACAAUCAUAUUCAACUCAAAGGGACAAGAUUCUACCUAAGCUGACUAAACUUGCUAUAAAUAACAGAAGAUUCGAUGCAAGAGCGCUAGAAUCACCUGCACCAAUUGCUAACCAAGGAGUCAUCACACAGCUUUCUGAUCAAAUUUCCACAUUAAAUGAAAGAAUGGACGAAUUCACCUCCCGUAUUGAAGAGCUGAAUUCAAAGUUCGCUAUCAGUAAAGAUUCAGCAGCCAGUCAACAAAACUUGGCUUUACAGGCUGAGGCCUGCAAUGGCUCUGGCCCCACUUCCUUCUUUGUAACUGGACUAAGCAAUGGCUCAUUGACUGGAUCAUUGCUACCUAAUUCUUCAUCAUCUUCUCAAUUGGCUAAUAAAGAGUCUCCCCUGAUGGAAGAGGUACUAGUUAUUGCACGAGGACAACGUCAAAUCAUGCAUCAACUAGACACUCUGAGCAAUUUUUUGCAUGAAUACUUUGGAGAAAGGUCACGCCUGGGAAGACCAGACCAUACAGGAAGAAUGCGUGAAGCUGAAUCCGUUGCCAUCCCCCUGGUUCUGACUCUGGCCUUUGGUGCUGUUGGUGUGCUUUUGUUCAGAGGUUUUACAUCCCAAAAAUAAUGUGUAUAUAUUUUGUUUCUUGUCAAAUUGUCAUCACUGUGUAUGAGACAAACUUCAUAAGUAUAUCUAAAGCAUAAAGGGUUUAUGAAAACAAUUACCAAUCUGUGAGGGACUGCCUCACAUUAAAGUAGUAGUAUGUUGGCAUUCACUUAAGCUGUAAUAUAUAGCUUCUGUAUAUCUUUUUUUUCCUCGUUAAAUAAUUCGUCUACUUGGUGGAAUACCGAACUUGCAUUGCAUA